AUGCAGGCUGUCAAUCUCAACAUCGGAGGUCUUCUUCAAAAUACAGGGUUGCUUAGAAGUCGUAAUGGAAUCAGUCGAAAGCCAUUGGAUAUUGAUAAGAAGGCAACUUCGCUCUGCAGAAUAUACUAUUCAGUCUGGAGACAGUUCAGCACAGCGACACCGAGCGAAAUUAGCAAAAUGAGUCAAAAUCUUAGAGAUAGUAUGCUGACACGCAGGAUGGCUAGGAAAUCAGAGAUAUUCCUAAACUAUGAUGAUGCAAUGAUUCGGAUAGUUCCAUCAACGUCGUCAUUCUAUGUUCAACGUCGCGGCUUCAGAACUAGAAAACAAACUUUUGGAGUUGGAAAUCCAGGAAAAACGCAAGAAGAAGAAGUCAAGUCCCCGUUGACAUAUAUCUCAGAGUUAUUAGUUGGAAAAAAAGUAAAAACCUCGGAAGGAGGAGUAGAAAGAUGGAAUCAGUAUGAAUCAGAUCUCAAAAAGCUACCCGAAGGCCAACAAAGAACCUACACAGAUGGCUUCGUAAAAGGUCUUUUAUCGAAUGGUACUUCUGGAGCUGGAAAAGAUGUGAAGAAGUCAAGUACUCUCACCCGUUUUUACAUUUUUCUGGUGUUUUGUAUUUUCUUUGGCUAUUUGACUGGAAGAAUUCGUGUGCGUGUAGGCGAUCGACAAAUCGGAUCAUUGUUCUUCUCGAACCCACAAGAAGUUAACCCUGAGGAUGUACAAGUAACAUUUGACGAUGUCAGAGGAAUGGAUGAAGCUAAGCUAGAAGUUGAAGAAAUUGUCGAUUACUUGAAGGAUCCUGAAAAAUAUUCUCGUUUGGGUGGUCGAUUACCGAAAGGAGUUCUUCUUGUUGGGCCACCAGGAACAGGAAAAACAUUGUUAGCAAGAGCGAUUGCAGGAGAAGCACAAGUGCCAUUCUUUCACACUUCUGGAUCAGAGUUCGAUGAGGUUCUUGUAGGUCAAGGAGCUCGUAGAGUUCGAGAUCUUUUUGAUAAAGCCAAGGCUCGUGCUCCAUGCAUCAUUUUCAUCGAUGAAAUUGAUUCAGUUGGAUCAAAACGUGUUUCCAAUUCAAUUCAUCCAUAUGCCAAUCAAACUAUCAAUCAACUUCUCAGUGAAAUGGAUGGUUUCACACGUAAUGAAGGAAUUAUCGUGAUUGCUGCUACAAAUCGAGUUGAAGAUCUCGACAAAGCACUUCUCCGUCCCGGUCGAUUUGAUGUGCGUGUUACCGUACCAAAACCUGAUCUUGCUGGACGAGUCGAUAUCUUCAACUUCUAUCUUUCUAAAAUUGUACACAACGGUGCUAUCGAUCCAAAUAUUCUUGCGAAAGGGUCCACUGGAUUCACUGGGGCCGAUAUUGAGAAUAUGGUUAAUCAGGCUGCUCUGAAAGCUGCUACAGACAAUGCAGUAGAAGUGACGAUGGCAUAUUUAGAUGAAGCGCGAGAUCGUGUUUUAAUGGGUCCUGCACGUACUGGUGGACGAAUUCCAGACGAAGAGGCUAACAGAAACACAGCUUAUCACGAGGCGGGACAUACACUUGUUUCAUUAUACACAAAAGAUGCUACUCCAUUACACAAGGUAACAAUCAUUCCACGUGGACAAUCUCUAGGACACACCGCAAUGCUUCCGGAUAAAGAUAGUUAUCAACUCACCAAAGCACAAAUGCUUGCCACUCUUGAUGUCAUGAUGGGUGGACGAGUAGCUGAAGAACUCAUUUUUGGAGAAGACAAAGUAACAACUGGAGCAGCCGAUGAUCUGAGCAAAGCUACUCAAUUGGCUAUACAAAUGGUGAAAGUUUUUGGAAUGAGUGAUAAAGUUGGAUUACGGGACUUCACAGCUGAAGAUAGAGACAGUUCUCUCGUGAAAGUAUCAGAUUUGUCACCACAAACAGCGGAACUAAUUGAUGGCGAGAUUAAUCGUGUUCUCCAAGAGAGUUAUAAACGAGCAAAAGUUAUACUGGAAACCAAAAAGAAAGAACACCAAUUGCUUGCUGAAGCACUUCUUGAGUAUGAAACUUUGUCUGCUGAUGAGGUGAGACGAGUUAUCAGUGGUCAGAAGAUCAAAAGGCCGACUCCUGCCGCUGUGAAGAAAAGCAACGAAAUGAGAAAAAAUCAACCUUCUCUUGUGCUUCACUUGUUUGAGGAAGAAGGUCGUGGAAAACAAUAA